UACAGUAAUGCAGCUCAGUGGCGACGCCUUGCGUAAAAUGACAGAUUUGUUGCUAAUCGUCUUUGCUACCACUAUUAGACGUUUGCUUAGUCAGGUUGUGGAACUGGCAAGAUUUAUGUACAAUACAUGCUGGCUUAUUUGCGAAGCUCUUUACACAUUAGUGAUAUUCGUGUGCGAGAUUGCAUUGCCGAUAAUAUCGCUUUGUAAGGAUGUGUACAGGUGGCUUCGAACGAGUGUUACCGAAUUGUUCAAAACGAUUUUGUCUUUAUCGCAGCUGCUGUGGUCUAUUUCAUCUUUAGUGCUGAGAGAAUGGUGGACCUAUAUUCUAAAUUCACGGGCGUGGGCUGGUAUUGUGAACAUAGCGUAUCAUUUUAAGUUGGCGGCCAUAAACGCCUUUGCAGUGAUUCAUUAUCUAUCCAUAACUGCAAAGAAGGCUGCCAGUGUAGGUUUUCAUACAGUGAAACAGCUAAGUGCCGCCGUCCUGCGGAAAAUUACAGAGCUGCUGCUCACUUCCAAAAUCGCCUUCACCACUAUUAUGCAUUACAUUUACAUGGUUAUGGAACACAUGAUUGUACCGUCUGUGAUGUACGCUAAAGCAAUUGUUAAGGAGCUAGCCCAGGGCACAGUGCAGUAUUUACAAGUUUAUGGCUCGAGAGUUAGGGAAGCCAUGGUAGAUGCGAUGUGGUCAGCUUAUAACUAUGAUUACAAUGGCGUACUGUACAUGUUGUUGGAAACCUUGAGGGGUACCAUGAGAAGGGUGCUGUACAGAGAUGCAAAUGUUGGUAAGACCUAG